AUGGUGGUGCAUAAAACCCAAGUGCUCCCUCUCUCCUCCGACGUCCCCGUCAGCGCCGCCGUGACGAAGAAGCCGCUGUCCGUGUUCCCCAAACCCUCUUUCGCCGCCGGCGUCCUCCUCCUCCUCCCCUUCUUCCUCCUCGCCUUCAUCUACCUCUUCCUCUUCCCCCAGGAGUUCCAGCUCCAGUCCUUCAUUGCCUCCUGCAACCCCAUCGCCGCCUCCUCCUACGUCGGCUCCUCCGACGCCCUGACCACUCGCGUCACUCGCGAGCCCGACUUCCGCCUCCUUAUCGGUGUCCUCACCCGCGCCGACCUCUACGAGCGGCGCCACCUCCUCCGCCUCGUCUACGCCCUCCAGAUGGCCAACCUCACCGCGCACGUCGACGUCCGCUACGUCUUCUGCCGGCUCUACAAGGACGACCAGCGCAUCCUCGUCCCUCUCGAGAUCAUGCAGCACGACGACAUCAUUAUCCUCGACUGCGAGGAGAACCUCAACGACGGGAAGACCUACACCUACUUCUCGAGCAUCGCGAAGCUCUACGGCGGCGGCAGCGGGGCCGAGGGCGGCCGACGGCCGCCGUACGACUACGUCAUGAAGGCGGACGACGACCUAUUCGUGCGGCUCCUGACGCUGAUCGAGUCGCUGCGGCCGAUGCCGCGGGACGACAUGUACUACGGCGCCGUGAUCCCCUGCGAUAGCAUGGACCCGUUCCGAGACUACAUGUCGGGGAUGGGGUACAUCCUGUCGUGGGACCUGGUGGAGUGGAUCGGGUCAUCGGAGGCGGUGCGGAACAAGUCGGCGGGCGUCGAGGACAUGCUCACCGGAGAGUGGCUGCGCACGGCGGGGAAGGGGAAGAACCGGUUCAACGCGAAGCCGGCCAUGUACGACUUCCCUAUACCAGUGCCGAUCGACGCGUGCUCGCACGGCUUCGUCCCCGACACCGUCGCCGUCCACCGGCUCAAGGACAACCCCAAAUGGGCCACCACCUUGAAGUACUUCAACUUCACCCAGGGUUUGAAACCAUCCAAGUUUUAUCGUAUAGAUUAAUUGAACGUUUUUUUCUCUUAAUUUCUAAGGAGUUUGUAGUUUGUAACUUGUAUACGUACGUUACUUGGACAGAUAAUGUGGACACACAAUGCUA